AUGUCUCGAGCCUCCACUGCUCAUCGAUUUAUGCCUCCUAUGAUGGUGAUGGUGGUGGUGAUGAUGCCGACGAUGUUUCUUCUUCCUAAAAGUAAACCGAGCAGAUCUGUAGUAGAAGUACAAAAAGGUGAUGACAAUAGCCAGGAACGCAGCAAGGGUGAAGCCCACAAUGAGUCCGAUCUUGAUGUUGUUAUUCGUCGUUGGGUUAUCAGAGAAUUGUCUCCUUAUAAGAGUGGGAUAUGGAUACGGAUAUGGGCUAAUAUGACUGAAGGGCUUCGUGAGUGGAUGAGGAACGGCUGGGGGUCCAUGGUGUCGGGCAGCCUGCAGAUGAGGCAAGGGUAUAGGGAUAUACAUCAAAUCUCACAGGUCGGUCUCGAAUAG